AUGCUGAUAGUUAGGCUGUUGGUGACGUUGACCGUCUGCUGGACGGCCAGCUGCGAUCUCCUGGACCUGUACGUCCAGCACAUGGACGAGACUAUGAGAACACUGGCGUACAGGAACAGACACCACCCGAAGGACGUCUCGUCCAGGAUAAAGAGGAGCCUGCAGGAGCCGGUACUCCGAGUGGGCACCUUCAAGAAACAGCGUCUGGACGUCGACGAAGAUUGGUACUCGCAGUGGAAGGCGAAGAACAAGGUGCCCUAUGGCGAGGACGGUUUGGACUUUCCGAAUUCGAAGGAAGAGAACCUGGACCCUAACCAGCACGAACUUCUGAACAAUCGGAGUAGGAUGGCUGACGUUGAUCCCGAGGAGACCACGGUGACUAGCCUGAAGAUCAACGAGACCUUGGAUACCUCCGACAUCGAGCUGACGAACGACGAAUCGCCGAGGUCCAACGACAGUGUCGCAUUUUCGCAGAACAUGGAAUCGAUGUCCGAGCUUCGCGAAGAGACCACGAAGAUGGAUGACCUUCAGGGUGACGAGAUCGAGGGAAACUCUCAGUUCGAAGUUAUCAGUGAGUCUGGUACCUCUCUGCCAAGCCUUUUUGAUGAUCCGGUACUGAAGAGGACCCCGAAGACGAGGGACAGGGUUCCUAAGAAGUACAUUCCCAUGACGGACAAGUUGGCUAAGCUUUUUCGUGGCACCAAGUACUUCGACUCGCAAGAGAUCGUUGAUAACAGGCCCAAGAGAAGCAUCAAGGAGCCAAAGUUCACCAGGCAUGAGAAACUGGACGAUGAUGGCGAGGUGAUCCUUGAAUGGGAUCCUUCGGAUGAGGAGAUGGUCACGUUCAAGGUCACCGCGAAGACCUUGGGCUACGUCGGCAUUGGAUUCAACGAGAAGAAUCAUAUGAAGGGCGCUGAUAUUCUUCUCGCCUGGGUGGACGAUCAUACGGGCACCGUCAAUUUGCUGGAUUCACACGGCAUUGAGGAUCCCGACGCCGCCCUGGUCACGGACGCGUCCCAGGACGUGAAGGUGCUCGGCGGAUCGCAGAACGAGACGCACACCAGCGUGAUCUUCUCGCGGAAUUGGCAGACUUGCGAUCCGCAGGAUCACAGGCUCACGGGAGACACGGUUCGAGUCCUGUGGGCGCUGCACCAAACUGACCCUGAACUUAACACUGCCAUUUGGCCCGGUGACAAGAGGGGCGGCAGGGCUCUGAGGCUGAAAACGCCCGCACCGCACUCACCCCCGCAACACACGCAGGAUAUAACGCAUUGGGAUGUUAAACUGCAUCAGCCGCCGGUCUCAGAGAAUGCGGACACCACUUACUGGUGCAAGAUCUUCAAGGCGCCUCAUAAGGAGAAGCAUCAUAUGAUCGGAUACACGCCGCUGAUCGAGAAGGCAAAUGAAGACCUGGUACACCAUAUAAUACUGUACGAAUGCGCCUCCACCUUGCCGAUCCUCGGACAGCAUGCCAGAAUUGUCGGAGCGCCUUGUUACAGCCCCACCAUGCCUAGAGAAUGGGAGUCCUGCCUGCAACCGGUGCUCGCUUGGGCCCGCGGUAGCUCAGGCGAAUGGCUACCAGAACACGUCGGUAUACCCAUCGCGGAGCACAGCGAGGGCACGUAUUACAUGUUAGAAGUGCAUUACAACAACCCUGGCAUGAAGAAAGUGUUGGACAGCAGUGGGGUGAGGCUUCACUUGACUCCGAAACUUCGUCCUGAAGAGGCCGGAAUUUUAGUCGCUGGCGUAGCUGUUAGUCCUCUUCAUCUGAUUCCUCCGAAGCAGAGGGAGUACGCCACUGCUGGGUACUGUACUCCUCAUUGCACAAAUACGAUGUUCCCGGAAACUGGAAUAAACAUUGUAUCGGUCGCACUGCAUUCCCAUCUAGCCGGAAGACGCUUGAGCUUAAAGCACAUUCGCCAAGGCAAAGAACUACCUAGGAUCGUACAAGAUAACCAUUUCGACUUCGAGUACCAGCAGUCUCACACCCUGGAGAAGGAAGUCAAAGUUCUUCCGGGAGAUGAACUGGUAGCCGAAUGCGUCUAUGGUACCCUGGAUAGAACGAAACCAACUUUGGGAGGCUAUGCCGCGUCUCAAGAAAUGUGUUUGGCUUUUGUGAUGCACUAUCCGAGAACGCCGCUCGCAGCUUGCUACAGUAUGACACCUGUGAAGGAUCUCUUCAAGACUCUCGGAGUGUACAGUUUCAAAGGUGUUACUAUGGAUCACUUGGAGAAGCUUUUCUUAACUACCAGAACCGACACGGUCACGAUCCCUUACACUGGUCAGCAGCAUUUACCUAUUUAUCCUGCGACCAGACCCGGUGACGUUAUUGACGAAGAUCAGAUCAAAGUAGCCAAGUCGGCUCUAAGAGCUAUGAGGGACUACACGGUUGAGCAUGAAAAUGAUAACGUGUUCACUCGUCUUAUCAUCGAGGACCCUGCAGAAUUCAGAGGUCGAACAUUGGCAGAACACAUGUUAGCAUUACCCUGGACUGAGGAGCUACUUUCCACGUCCAUUGAGCGAAGUCUUUACCACGGUAGGCACAUGACCUUCUGCAGGAAAAGGGAUGAUAAAUUAGCCCUGCCUGCAGAUAUCCAGACAUUCCCAAAUUACACGGCCCUGCCGGAAGUUAACGAAACGAUGUGUGCCGAGAUAGGAAUUCCGUCAAGCGCGACAAGAGGCUCGUUCGUCGAUCUUGUUCCGUUCCUCGCGAUCUUGAUCGCAAUGAUCGUCGGUUCCUAAACACACCAGUGACUUUUAAUUCCAUAAUCGAAUAACGUCAUCACUCGAGAACGUUGUGAACAUACUUGUACAUUACUUAUUGGACAUGUCCGUCUUAAGA